AAAUCAUAGAUCCCAAUUCAUUAACCCCUAAAUUAAUCUUUCCUAAAUUCCACCACUGCCAAAAUACUUUCCUUUCUGGUAUCUAACACGGGCAAGAAAAAAGAAACCUGUCUUAACUCCUAACACAGGGCUUUCUUUCGUUCUUUCCUUCAAUCCAAACAAGAGAAAAGAAGAGAAAACCAAAAAGAAAUGAAGAGAUUAAAAACUUAUUACAUGCAAUUUCGUCACAACAAUAACCAAGCAAUGGAGCGUAAAUGGAUCUUCCCAUUAGCUGUUGGCUCCAUUGUUUCCUUAUUUUUACUCUUCUUAACAACCUUAACCUCUUUUGAUGGCUCCCCGUUUCUUUUCUUCUACCGCUCCUCCGCCAUAAUCGGCGGCUCCUCCCCUUUCGUGGAGAACCAACUAAAACCCAUCCCUAUCUCCACACUCCCUCCGCCUCCCCGCUUCGCGUACCUCAUUUCCGGCUCCGCAGGCGACGGUCGGAUGCUGAGAAGGAGCCUUUUAGCCCUUUACCAUCCCUUGAAUCAAUACGUAGUUCAUCUUGACGGGGAAGCUAGCGUUGAAGAGAGGCUCGAUCUGGAGAAGUUUGUGAAAGAUCAUCAAGUGUUUAACAAAGUUGGGAAUGUUAGGAUGAUUGUGAAAGCUAAUUUGGUUACUUAUAGAGGACCUACUAUGGUUGCUAAUACGCUUCAUGCUGCUGCAAUUUUGCUGAAAGAAGGUGGAGAUUGGGAUUGGUUUAUUAAUCUUAGUGCUUCUGAUUAUCCCCUUGUUACCCAAGAUGAUCUGUUACACACAUUUGCAUACUUGCCAAGGGAUCUGAAUUUCAUUGAUCAUACAAGCAAUAUUGGGUGGAAAGAGUUUCAGAGGGCUAAGCCAAUUAUUAUAGAUCCAGGGUUGUAUAGUAUGAAAAAAGCUGAUGUAUUUUGGGUUACUCAGAGGAGAAGUGUGCCAACUGCAUUCAAACUCUUUACUGGUUCUGCUUGGAUGGCACUUUCUCGCCCUUUUAUUGACUAUUGCAUUUGGGGAUGGGACAACCUACCUCGAACAGUCCUCAUGUACUAUGCAAACUUUUUAUCUUCUCCGGAAGGUUACUUUCACACUGUCAUUUGUAAUGCUCAAGAGUUCCGUAACACUACAGUAAACAGUGAUCUCCAUUUUAUAUCAUGGGAUAACCCUCCUAAGCAGCAUCCUCAUCACCUCAAGCUUGCUGACAUGCAACGGAUGAUCGACAGCAAUGCCCCUUUUGCGAGAAAGUUCCCUCAGGAUGACCCAGUUCUUGACAAAAUCGACUCUGAACUCUUGUCUCGGGGCAAAGAAAUGUUUACUCCAGGUGGUUGGUGUGUAGGAAGUGGGAAAAAUGGGACUGAUCCUUGUUCUGUUGUUGGUAAUACAACAGUCCUCAGGCCUGGCCCCGGAGUGAAAAGGUUGGAAACUUUGGUCAGCUCUCUUCUUUCCAACGACAAUUUUAGACCGCGGCAAUGCAAAUAAUACCAAAGGAAAGUUGCUGAGAGAGACACUAAUGCCCAUUGAGGUUGGAUUAUACUUAUAUCAGAAGAUGGAGAUGAUGCAAUCCAGUGUUUCAGUGUUCCUUCUGGUAAGGGUUGGAAAGAAUUAUAAAAGUAUACAUGUGAUCUCUCUGAUUUUAUAUAUUACCACAAUUAAGAUGGAUUCACUGAUGGCUAUAAAGUAUGGAGCUGUGAUGAAAGAUGGGUUUACAAUUGUGGAAAUGGGUGGUUGAUGCCCCACACUGAAAUCUUAAAUCUUUUUUGUAGUGUUAUGUAACUAUCACAUAUCCAAGAAAAGUGUUAAUUUUUCUUUCAUUUUUUUUUCAUUUUUUCGAUAUUAAUUCAAGAAGUUUCUUAAUUAAAUUAAUUAAUAAAAAAGAUGGU